AGCAAUUGACUUUGCUCUCCUAUUUCAUUUCGUCUCCCCAUCCAGUAUCUCGAGGACAACAUGCGGUCAAACAUGCUCAGGGUAUCAUCAACUGCCGUCCGCUGUUGGAAAAGCCAUCCCUCGGUAGGUUGGCUCGCGACGCCAACAGUCCGCGGAAUUUCCUCGACCAGCUCAUUGUCCGCCACUCCCCUCCCCAUCACCGCGACUGGGCCACCUCCUAGAGCUCCUGUUCCUACAUCGCCUCAAUAUGGCGACCGGAUUGAAGAACGAAGAAGAAAAGCAGAGUUGCUCAAACAAGGCAAGGAGCUCCGCGCGGCAAACCAGCCUGGAGGAAAGACAAGCCCGUUGAAGAAAAGGUUUUGGAAAGAGGUCCAUGUAAAAGAGGUCCCGGAAGGAUAUCAAGUCUAUUUGGACAAAAGGCCCGUGCGAACUCCGAGCAAAACGAUCCUCACAGUCCCACGCUCCAAGCCGCACCUGGCGCAUGCUAUCGCGAUCGAAUGGGAUCUACUCGAAUCCGCACAACAAGCAUUGAAAAACCACAACAUCCCGAUGACUUCAACAGCGGCCCGAGCACAGGAUAUCAUCGAAUCAGAAGCGCAGGGGAAUGGCAAGAUCCGGGAUGAAAUCAUUACAACCAUGAUGCGUUAUCUAGACACAGACACAUUACUAUGUUGGGCACCAGAACGCAAACCGGAAUCGCCGUUAGAGAUGCAGGCCGAGCGGACAGAGUCACUACGCGAGAUUCAGAUUCGAACGGCCAAACCCAUCAUCAGCUACCUCAGCACAUCCGUGUGGCCUGGUGUUGAAAUCAAGCCCGUGCUAGACGAAAACAGCAUCAUGCCUACGCAGCAAGACGAAAUGACGAGAAGCGUGAUACGCGGUUGGAUUGCUGGGCUGCCGGCAUAUGAACUCGCAGCUCUUGAGCGGGCAGUGCUGGCGGGAAAGAGUCUCCUCGUCGGUACGAGAUUGUUGAUCGAGUGGAGCGAAGAAUUCCGGGAUAUGCAACACAGCGGCAGUGAGAAGCGAUUUGGCAUAGAGGAGGCUGCCGAAGCUUCCAGCCUCGAGGUAAGAUGGCAAACAGGGAUGUGGGGCGAGGUCGAAGACACCCACGAUGUGGAAAACGAAGAUAUCAGACGCCAGCUGGGAAGUGCCGUUUUGCUUGUGAGCGGAAGCCGAUAGUCUGUCGGUUGGAUGUGAUAGGGAGUAUGCAUGUUUGCGUUGCCAAUCGCCAGCAGUGGAAUGUGAAGGUUUCGAAAUGUGUCUGAGAAAAACAGGUCUGAGAUGGAGCAGCUUGUAAAAGUACCGAGAAAAAAAAUACAAGAGGAGGGUUUGAUUCCUUCUUACCCGCACUGUCACGUAAAUUCCCCUAUAUUUUAUGUAUCAGAACAAUCCCACCUCGCUGAAUGGUCAGCAUUGCUUCAC